UUUAGUGGUCAGCACUCAGCAGAAUAUCACAGUAGCCUGUUCGGACAUAGGGAAUUACGUAUGUGUAAGAUCAUUCAUAUACCGUAUGGUAAAAACUCGUUUUUUGCCGCUUUGGGGAGUGUCCCUAAAGGUCCGAUUUGAACUGGUUGGACCGGGAUGGUUAUCUUCACUUUCCUACAAUUUGCAAUCACUGGUAGGCCUGAACGACAUCAUACUGGAGAAACACACAUCCAACAUGGGAAUAAACUUGGAUUGUAGAUCAUACUCUGGGAACCUUGGUUGCAUGUAGACAGUCGCUGACAGGAUAACCGGCCGGCGUGACCCCGGGGUCGCACGCCCAAGCUUCGUACAAGGAAAUACCUGUGUAUGUGACUCGUUCUCAAUGGAAUUACGAUUUAAAGGGUAAGAAGAUGGCAAUUUCAAGGAAGCAACUCCCCUAUCCACCGAAGGAAUCACCUGACAAAUUCCCAGAGUUAAGAAAAGAAGAAGAAAAGUAGGGCAUUGUCUUGGCAACCAACCCGGCGUCUUUAAGCUCCGCCCAUAGCCAUGCCUCCCCAUGACGACAGAGGAGUCCCAAGUUCAACCUCACAUUCUCUCGCAGUCAUUCAAGCAUCGAGACUCGGAGUAUACAGUCGUGACUCAAAGCUGGAUUUCUUUUGACCAAUAGGACAACCACUGUAAUCGUAUUGGUAGCUUUAAUUGAAAGUUUAAGUCCUUUUGAAGCUGAUAAUCUCUUGUUCAGCUUUUCUCUUCUUUUUUUUUUCAAUUACAGCGGCGCACGCAACCGGCGCUGCUUUUAUUGACAGUGUUUCUUUGUAAGUCCUUCUGGAAGGGUGCCCACUCGAACGCAAACAAGUGAUCACUCUAGCGUGUUACCUACAAAACCUUGUCAUCUUUAGCCACUCACAAAUGGUAAUAAAUCUUGCAUAUUUGUGGGCAGCUCUCUUUUGUGUUUUGGAUCUUUUGUGUGUUUCUGAAAUCAUUCAGAACGAAAAAAAAACUGGAAGUAAAUCAUCGGCAGUAAUUCUUCAAACCAGCAAGUGAUCAGCACUCAUGUUAUAUUUUGCUUCACAUGACAGCACGUUCGGGCCAAAUUAACAACGAAGUUAUAAACUUGGACGUGGUUUUGUUUUUUUCAGUUAAGAUUUUUCGUAAUCUUUUUCGCUGUUCGUGAAUUUCGUCGUACCAACUGGGAAUUAUUGAUUGAACCGUCUUUGCUUGUGGAUCGAUGGGAAUAUAAAUGGUGUUUUGCCAACACGUGUAUAUAUGUCGACCGAGGGCUGAACAAGGUUAAAUACAUACGACCAGUUUCUAAAUUGAUGAGACGGCUACUGGAGUCCUAGGCUGACGUUCAUGGUCAUAAUUGUGUUCUUUGGACUUUAGCAGAGCAAACUUUGUCACGUCUGGUGUUAUCAUUUCUGAAUUUUCUCGACCUUCUUGGAGAUAUGUGGUGAUGUGUUCAGCAGGCAGAGUGUGAGUAAGACCGAAACCGUGAAUGCAGGAUCCAACUUUCUCACACAAAAGGCAACAACAUCGAAUAAUCAGCAUCUGCUGCAGUUCUAUACCGCGCAUCAUGUUUGGGCAUUGUUUUCAGUUGCGGCUAUAGGAUAAUGAAAAUGAUAUUUUGGUUAUUUUUUUCUUUGGUGAUCGAUGAUAAAAGCCCGAAUUCUCGAUGGUAGCCAUGGACGGUUUACAGACAUUGCACGACGAGCGUGCCCGGUACGAGAAUCCUUACGAUGACAGGUACAACUCAACCUGGGAAGGUGCAUCCCUGAAGCCUUUCAGAACCAAAGAUGAAUACCUCUACGCGAUGCGAGAGGACCUUGCCGAGUGGCUCAGUAACAUGUACGAUCUGGAGAUCCUACCAGAGUCUUUCUUUGACAGAUUGGAAAAUGGUGCUCUUCUUUGCCAGCAUGCCAACAAAGUCCGCCGUGAGGCAAUUGCCUAUCGAUUGAGAAACUUUCCUGACGAGGACGACGUCGAGUUCGUCCAGGGAAUCUUCGUCAAACAUGACGAUUUACGAUAUAAAAUCGACGCCAAAGCGGGAACGUUCCUUGCCAGGGACAACAUCAGUAAUUUCAUCCAUUGGUGUCGGCAUUCCCUGAGGAUUAAUGAGGUUCUCUUGUUUGAAUCGGAUGAUCUUGUCUUGAGGAAGAAUGACAAGAGUUUUAUCCUCUGUCUCCUUGAGGUCGCUCGUCGAGGUGGUCCCAUCGGCAUGCCCGUCCCGAUGCUCGUACAACUCGAACAGGAGAUCGACAGGGAGCUCGAAGCCGGCACGCCAUCGGAACCGGACUCCUUUACAUCUACAGAACCAGCAUCACCAAGCUCGGAAACUACGACCGAUGCCGAACCAGAGUCCGAGGCUGAUUCCGAAGGACGUCCCAUGGAAUGUUCCUCGUCACCCGAACCAUCACCCCAGAGGAGAGGAUCAAAAGUCCCAAAGGUGAGACCUAGGACAAGGCGUUUGUCGAAACAUCAUAUCCAACAGGAAGAUGGAGGGGAUCCACCAAAACAGAUCAUGCUCAACGAUGAAGUACUCAAGACCUUGGACGAACUGGUGAGUAGAGUUCAUUCAAACUUCCUAUUUUUAUCUUUCUUUGAAUCAUUCAUGGAAUAGGUUUAUCGCUUGUGGUGUGUUUUUAUCUUGAUGGAAGACAGAGACACAUUGAAUACAUAACUCGUAAUUAAUUUAUGGUUUCCACUACUUUCCACUUAUCCUUGCACUCGGUGAAUUUAUAGGAACAGCCAUCAGAUAGAUGAGGGUAUGCGUAAAGUGUGGUUUGGUGAAAAGCACCUAACAGAAUCCAUAUUAUCCAUACAGAAAGGGCCUAUAGUUUUGUUGCAAACGCAAACCCACUACUUAUCUCCUAAAUAAAUUUUGUAUCAAAUAAUAUGAAUAGCCUGAGUAACUUUAGUAGAAAGCAAAAUGAUUCAGCAGCUUCUUCUUUAAAUUAAUAUUUUAAUAUUUUGGUCUCAGAAAUGUAAUCUCAGAUAACCAAAUGACCUAAUUCUGAAGUAUAAUCCGUAUUCAUUCUCUCGAUUUAAUAUAAAGCCAUUGGAUUGUACAUUGUGCAACAAUACAAGCAAACCGUCAUCAGUUGAUGGAUGUGUGCUAUUUUAUUUGUAGCACACUCUGUGGGAGACAAGAUCUUUCAUUCGCGUGGUUCACAUCAUAAUAGUAAGCAUAAGUGGAAAAUAUUGUUAAAAAGACAAGAAUGCUGUCUUUUGAAUCCAUGCACUUUUCGGCCCAAUAAAAACAGGAAGUCACUUUUGUAAGUGUGGUUGAAUAUAUCGAUAUUAAUUUGUUACUGAGUAGGCUUGUGGUAAUCGAAGACAAAUCAUGUUUGCUCAUCGCAGUCAUAUUAAUCAAAACAUAUCUAUUUUCUUUUCAAUGAUGGGUUGCAGUAGAGCAUCUUAAGAGGGAAUACUGUGGAAGAGGCUUUCUUUCAGUUUCACACUCCAAACAUUUGAUUUUCUGCCAAACACUCGACGAUGACAUCCAACACCCUGACCUCAGCUGAACUCUUAUCCCCCACCUUCAUGUUUUAAAAUUCUCGGUAUGUUCUGCUCCCAGCGGGACUGAUGCCAUCCAACCAUAGAUGCUUGUGAAAAAAAGAGCCCUUCUCAGAUGGCAAUGGCCUAGUUAAAACAUGUUUUCACCCUCAGGAUAUAGGAUAUAAUUCCGAACUGAAACAGAAUACUCCUGUCCCUUUAUAAUGAUAUGUCUCUAUGACAACGCAUGGAAUUUGCCAUUUUUAUUGACGAGAAGACAGAAUACAUAAUAUUUGCAGAACUGAAUCUCAUUAAUUGAUUGAUUUUCAAUUGACCAGCAGAGAACAUUCUCACGCUUGUUCAAGUUGCCCAAGUCUACAUGAUCUGAUUAGAAAAGUUCAUGUCGAUUAGAUUCAAAUUUGACAGUUUCUCCUGGAUAUCAGAGUUUAUUUCUAGCAAAUAUUUUUAUACUGUUAUUAUUUCCCGUUUUAAACGGUUGUAAUUUCAUCAUAUAUUUUAUACGCAUGCGUACAUGUUAUGGUCGGAAAACUGUCUAGGGUUCUGAGGGGAAAACUGCGAAAGUUCAUCUGAGAAUAAAACAAAUAGAAAUUCCGGUGCGUGAGAUUCGCACGACAAACCAAGGAUAAGAUGAAAUGUUAAUCCUGUCAGAGAAGAAAUAAUUAUCAAUAUUGCUGUAAACAAGGAUUGACUUAAAAUUGUGGUUUUGAAAUAAGUUCUUGAAAUAUCCUAAGACCGGCGUAUGGCGAAGGUUUCGAUUUUUUUCCUUCCGGGAAAUAUUGGAAGGAUUCUGUGCUGAAAGAAUCAACUUAUGAUGAGGAAUAUUUAUCAAAUAAAGCAGACAAUGUAGAAGAAAGUGAAACUUUCAGUGAAACGGAGAACAUUACAAUAGAGCUCUUUAUCUUGAAAUAAU